AUGGAGACCGAAUCAUCAAACAAGAGUAUAUUUGUGAUAUUCUUCAAGUCACAAACAGCUGUAGCGACGCUUGCAAUUUCGUUGUUACUGUCAUUUUCAACGAUGUGCACAGCGAGCAUCGUUCCAGAAAUUCUGUCGGAUCGGUAUGCGAGAAUAAGUCAUUCCUACGAUGGACCAUUUUGUUCGGAUCACCACGAGGAGCACUUACCGAAGGAGUGCCAAGCAGGUUCAGAUGAUGCACAAGCAGCUUCCGCGUUUGGAACUCUUUUCUUGAAUAUCUUGACACUUGUGUUCAAUAGUGUGGUGGGAAGUUACAGUGAUGUUCACGGAAGAAAAGCACCAAUUGUCGCUGGAACCCUUCUCUCAAUACUUUCCCCACUGGCUCUUGUCCUGAUGCAAAUCGUACCAACAAUGCACCCCAUCUGGUUCUAUCUGUCACUCAGUGUCACUGGAAUUGUGAACUUCAUUAGCAUAAUGUUUGCCGCGAUAUCGGAUGUGGUACCAGAAGACAGCCGAUCUUCUUGCUUUGCAAUCAUGAUGUCAGGAUGGUAUGGUGGAUUUGUGCUAGCGCCUUCCAUAACUCUGCUGAUGAGUCACAUGGCUGUUUCCAUUCUUUCCUUCAUCCUUGCGUUGCUCGGUUUACUUGUAGCUGCUAUCUACUUUCCAGAAACGAUAAGUUCGACAAAUAUUGAAGCGCAAGCUGAGACAGCGGUUUCCAAUGAAGAAGAUGAUCGUGGAUGGUCGUUGCUGAAGACGAUGAUUGAGCCUAUCAAAAAGCUUUCCAUUUUGAACAGGAAUAUGACCUUGCGUAUGUUGACUAUUGGAUCUUUCUUCAGUUCCGCAGUAUUUUCAACAGACGCCAACCUCUUCUUAUUCUACGUUGAAUCACAUUUCGACGUGAAUGAAGCUGAUCUCGCACAGAUGUUCUUUGUGAUGGGAAUACUAGGCGUGGUAAUGCAAGCUUUCCUCCUGCAUCCACUCACAGUUUGUAUGGGUGAGAAAGUGUUACUGACAUUAACAUUUCUAUCUGGAACACUACACAACCUGCUUUAUGGAGUGUCCAGAAACAAGGAAGGCAUCUAUGUUGCGGUCUGUCUGUCGCAGUUCACAAAACUGAACUUUCCUCUACUAUCUUCAGUGGGGUCGAAAGGAGCUUCCAAAAAUGAACAAGGGCGGCUCCAAGGAAGUCUAUUUUCAAUCAAUGCCUUUUCUGCAGCUGUUGGACCGCUGUUGAUGCAAGCCAUCUACAACUGUACCAAGGAUACGUUUGGUCCAGGUACCAUGUUUGUGUUCGCUGCGGGUCUUUACUUCCUUGGGACCAUCUCGAUAGCAUUUAUGCCAGUAAAGGACCCUACGAACGAAGAAACCGAGGUUGAAGAUACGACCAUCUGUGACGAUUUAGCACAGCCUCUGAUCGAUCCGGCAAAUCACGAGGGAGAAAAUUCAAUAGCGUCUAAUGCGUAG